AUGAACGAGUCAAGGCGCUUUGCUGCAAAAGCCUUCGUCUGUCUGCAUUUUCGUCUGUUCGUGCGUAUGCUUGUAUGUAUGUAUCUGUUGCGAGCCCUGUCUCUUGCCAACAGCAUGUCUCGUCUGCCCGACCCACCGACCCAGAGGGUUUCCGAGCCUCCUGACCUACCACUUGCCAACUUGGAGGCUGUCCGAUUAGUCCUACCUGAUCAUUUCUUUAUUUCUGUGAUAAGAUGA